AUGAACGCCGCACGCCUUUUCCGCCCUCUCGCCAGGGCCGCCGUCCGCCAGCCCGCCAUGGUUCGCCCGUCCGUCAUGGCGCGCCCGGCCCUCGCUGCCACCCAGAGCAAGAAGACUGAGGUCGCCCCUCAGCAGAUGACGAUCCUCAAGUCGGCCAUGCCCCAGCUCAUCCCCUUCUUCUUCGUCAACGAGACCACCAUGGCGUUCGUCCUGCUCCCGACGCUCAUCUACGUCAUGUCCAAGUACAUCCUGCCCCAGCGCGUCCGCCUCUUCGCGGCCCGUCUUUUCAUCAGCAAGCUAUAA